UUGCGGUGCCAAUUUCAGCUGUGAGUCACGAAAGGUCUUCUGCAGAUGUUUUACGAAAGUUAUUAAUUUUAUUUUUCCAACGUUACGUUUAGUUAUAUCCGAUUUAUUUGAAAUAAUAUGAAAUAAUCGAACGUUUACGGUCACUUUCGACGCAUAUUUAAUUGUAUAUUCGCCGAAAAUGUACUUAUUGGAAAAUUAGGCUUAUCGAAUUUCAAAAACAAAGUUUUAUUUAUUUAUUUAUUUAUUUUUUUGAUAAAAGUUGGGAAAAAGAAAAUGAAUUCGAUUAAGGAAAAGAGCGCGGAUCCUUACGAAGAAGUUAAGAAGUUGCAGUGUUUGGUACAGAAAUUGGAAUUUCAAAACGAACAGCUGAAAAAUCAAGUGAAGGAAGAAAAGACCAAAGGUUCGGGUAAAGAAAGGAGAUCCAAGUCUCUCGGCGGUUACGUCUCGGAUAAUGGCCUCAAACAGUUGAAUUUAUCGUCUGUCGACCUCGAAACGAACAUGGAAGAAUUUAUCGACAUCGAUCAAUUGGAAUUAUCUGACGACGACUCCUGGUUAUAUAUGCCUCCUAAAGGUUUAACUACAGAAGAUGUAUCAUUAAAUCCAUACAAGUGGUUAAGAAAAGAUUUAGAAGAUCCAGAAAAUAAAGAAUUACAACUUGCAAAAUCAGCUCUUGUUAACAAAUUGGAAGAACUUUCAAUACUAUCUUCUCCAAAUAAAGAACAAGAAGCAGAAGAAGCUGAAAUUGAAGAACCAUUUUCAGAAAAUUCAGCUCUUGCAGAUCAAACAAGGAUUAUAGAUACACGUACAUUCACACGUUCAAAGAAAAAGAAAAGUAGAGAGGAAGAAGAAGAAAGCGAAAACUCUAAACCAUUAUCAUUUAUAGAACCGGCAAUAAAUAUUGCAAAAAAUGGUGAUAUCGAUGAUGAUUCGAAUUAUGAAUAUGGCUACAUCAGACCAGAAUUAUAUCAGCUUAGUGACUUUAUUGAUGUCCAUGAAAAAGCACGAAUGCAAGAAGAAAGUUUAAGGCAAACUACUCCAGUGAUACCAAUAAGAGGAACCUGUAGUUUACCGAGAAGUAAAAAGUUUCCGACUAAUGGUAUUCGUGCACCAAGAAGUUCGUCGUCGGAUACUGAAGAUUCUUAUGCAAAUAAUAUAGAAAAUGUUAAGAAACAUAUACGUAGACCGAUAACGAGUACUCCGGCCAAUACUCUCAAAACUUUUAAUUCUACGCAUUCCAGUCCUUUGGGUUCUAAUUCAUCGCUAAAUAAUACAGCAGCAUCCUCUUCGCUCAGACGAAGUCUGCCAAAUUUAGCCAAGAGUAAUGCAAGUAGGCGAUCAUCGUCGACGAAGUCUAUAAAUAGUUCCUCAAAUAGUGUAAAAUCGAAUCAGCACGUCAACCAGCAGCAAAAUUCUCGAUUUCCAAGUCAGGUUAGGAGGGAAUCUGCACCCAGCCCCAGUUUCAGAAAGCCUCUGCUGCAGGAAUCCUGCCACUCUGCCAAUUCUUUGUCCGUCCAGAAUCCUCCGGGUCACCACAGAGGCGGUGCCAUUACUCCGGGUCGUGGCCAGAACAGGAGUGGACUGCCGAGACCCAGCAAGUUGCCUGCGCCCAGACCGAAGUGAGUGACGCAAAAUUCAUUACCAGUGCCUUUCUAUCAACCCAAGAAGUCUCAAUUGGAAGAAAGUUGGAGCGAUGGUUGUUUCUAAACAAAGACUUCCGAUCCAUAUUUGAUUUUAAUUUCAUAAAAACAUCUAACUGGCGAAAACGUCCGACUCUUCUCGGUUGAGAUUCCGUAAUUCCUCGUCGAGUGCGGCCUUUCGACAAUCUUUGUCGACCCGAAUAGUGCCUUCGACGUUCCUCAAGAAGUUUUUCUGUACAUUCCCCGAAGUUCAAAUUCGGAUACGUGCCGAUUGCCGAGAGAUCGUAGACUACUACAGAUUCGUACACGACUUUCCUUGAAUUGUGAUUGAAUUUUAGAAAUAGGGUAAGUCGUAUUUACUCGUUCUGUGAUAUAUUUUUUUAUUAAUUUCUAAAAUUACCAAAAGAUACUGCAUUCAUAAGCAGAUACGAUUUGUAUGUACGACAUAUCAUUUGUUAACAAUAAAUUAAUUUAUUGAUAACACAUGUCUUUGGACAACAUAAAACAAUCAUAGGGUACAAAAUCUCGUUCUCCGACACCCUCGAGGGCUAUGUUUAUAUGCAAUAACAUUUUAUAAUUAGAAAUUGUGAGACGAGUAAGAAUGUACAGAU